AUGGUCGAUAAUGACGACAAUAGUUCAGGUUCGAAGAAGAAGAAGAAAAAAGGGAAUUCUUGGGUAAACAUUUUCCGCGAAAAAUCAUCAUCGAAACCGCAGAUAAAAGAGGAUCCGGCGGGAAAAGCGGUGCACAUGUCGGCGGCCGGCGCCCAAACGGCCGGGACCAUCGGCGGACAGGGUCUCGCCACGAUCGGACACGCGGCGCCGGUUCUUCAGGUUGCCGCCGUCGCCUACGACGCCUAUCAGAUCGGACGGAACGUCGAGAAGGACAAGCGGAAGGGCACGACGCGGAAUACGGUGAAGAAGGUCACCACGACCGUUGCCACGUACGGCGCCGGCAUCGGAGGCGCUUUUGCGGGUGGGAAUUUGAGCAUUUUAGAGAAAACACAGCCUUACCUAAAAAAAGUGAAAAAAACGGAGAAGCGAGAUCUCAAACUUACUGGAACGUCAGGAGUAAUUCGGCUGGGUAACAACAUUUUUCACGUUGAAAAUUACAAAGAAACUGUUGGAAAUCUAAAUUUUACUACAAAAACCCUUUUCAAAGAAAUCUCAUAAAUUCCCAAUUCAGGCGCCGCAAUCGGAACCGCCAUUUGCCCGGGCGUCGGCACGAUCGUCGGCGGCAUCAUCGGCGGUCUGUCCGGCGGAAUCGGCGGCGGAAUCGGAAGCGGAAAGGCGGCGGAGGCGGUGAUGGACCGCGCCGAGUACGAUUCGUUCCGCGCCGAGUGCGCGACGUGUCACCGCCCGUUUCUGUUCCGGAAAUAUGCGGACGAGGAGGACGAGAAGGAGUGUGAAGAGUGCAGAGAACCAUGA